GCAUCCUUCAUCUUGACCAUACUUGCAUCGAAAUUCAAAUGUGUACAAUUUGUGACAAAUCGUAGUGAUCUUAGCUAGGUUAUGAAUGGUUAUCUUUAUAAGGAUUUUAUAAUUAUAAGGAUCUUUUUUUUUAAGUAAAGAUUUUGAAAAUUUUGCACUUUGAUCGGUUGCAUGUUUAUUUAAUUUCCAUCACGCUCUCUCCAGCAUCAUUAUUGUUAUCGCGAAAUCCAUCUGUACUUGAUAUUGAAUAUUUUUACACAUUUUGAUAAACACCAAGAAAAAAUUAUUCCAAUUUGCUGAUAUCGACUUUGCAAUUAUGAAGGCAGUUGAUAAGAACGUGAUGUGUCUAAGUAUAAAUUUAUACACAAAAUAAUCGAGACAAUUUGCAAGAUAGAAUAUGGAUUUAGUUUCAAAUAAUCAACAAACAGAAGCAGAUAAUGACUAUGAAUGGACUUGGGAUAAGGAACAUUCGACAUCAUCGACCCAUUUAUCGAAUAAUAAUUUAAAUGUUACGUUUCAUCCUGUAUAUAGCACUGGCACAGCAGUCGUAAGGGGUAACAAAUUAUUGGAGAAAGGACGACAUCAUUUUUGGGAGGUUUUAAUGAUGACAGGAAUAUAUGGCACGGAUGUAAUGAUUGGUGUGGGAACUGCAAAUGCAAAACUUAAUGUGGCAAGUAAUUAUUUUUGCGCUCUGCUUGGACAAGAUCAAGAAUCUUGGGGCUUUUCAUAUAGAGGAUAUGUACAACACAAUUCUAAAAAAUUUAAGUACGGAGAUUUAUUUGAUCAAGGUCAAAUUGUGGGUAUACAUCUUGAUGCUUGGAGUGGCAUGUUAGAAUUCUUCAUUGAUCGAAAGCCAUUGGGUGUUGCUUAUACACAACUGAACAAUGUUGCGCUUUACCCAUUAAUAAGUUCUACAAUGGCUCAAUGUAAGAUGAGAUUAAUUCGUAGUUGCUCAAUACCAGCAUCUCUGCAGACUGCUUGUCUAUCAAUCUUGUCACCUUCACAAAAAGCAUAUCUAUCAAAAAUGUUUCCUGGUUUGCGUUAUCUCUCCGAAAGUAUUUUUGCUGGUGUAUUACAAAAAUUCAUCGAUUACAAAAGUGAAGACGAUAUGGAAUAUCCUGCAGAAUAUGUUAUUUUAGACGAUUUUGAUUUUGCCCUUGUAGGACUUGGAGUAAAGAAGAGAAAAUAUCAUUGAAAAAAUAUUUAUUAUUAUAUACAGGCCUGUUAAAAAAACGCAAACAAUUAAUACAGAUACUGAUAAAUGUA